GGCGAGUCCUUGAUGGGGGGGGUCUCGGCUGUGUCGCGGGGGAAAUGUUGGGACAGUACGGCUCCGAUGGAGAAGUCGGAGGCGUCAGUGGUGACAUAGAAAUGGCGAGUGGGGUCGGCGAUCUUGAGGACAGGGGUCGUGGUGAUGGUUUGCUUGACGGAGACAAUAUGGCCGAGGUAUUCGACGUUCCAAGUGGCAAACGUACAUUUGCUGAGCUUGGCGUAGAAUUUUUGCUCUCGGAGGAUCGCGAGGACUUGGCGGAGGUGGUGAAGGUGGGACUUGAAGGUGGGGCUAAAGACAAGGAUGUCAUCAAGGUAGACGACGACACAGACUUCGAGGAGGUUGCGGAAGAUGUGGUUCAUGGUAGAUUGGAAGGUAGCGGGGGCAUUGGUGAGUCUGAAUGGCAUCACGAGGAACUCGUAGUGCCCAAACCGAGAGCGGAAGGCGGUCUUGUGAGUGUCCUCCUCGCGGAUACGGAUCUGGUGGAAGCCACUACGAAGGUCGAUCUUAGUAAAGUACUUGGCUCCAUGGAGACGAUCAAGGAGCUCGGAAAUCCGAGGAGUCACUUCCGGCUGAAGAACGAUGUAUGUGACGAUGUUGCCAAUGCAGACUGCCGCAUACACCAGGUCACGAUGACGGGCCGCAACUACAGCUCCGCUUUGAUCAAGCAGCAUUGCCAUGAAGACGGGGUCGCAGGGAAAGAUGCCAAGGGUGUCGAAGGGUGGAUCUGAAAGUUAUUGCGACAACAGAUUCUCAGCCACCCUGAACCGUGUUCCGCGAAGAAAUGUAGGGUGGAGAAAAGCAAAACGGAAUUAAGACGAAGAAAAAGAAUUGCGGAAGGGGGGUUUGAGGCAGGCGCUGAUGCAUGUGGCAAUGGGACAGAUGGUGGCAGCAGUCUUACUAGUGUGUCCAGUCUGGUCACUGCAUCAACGGGUGUGGGAAAUGUGGGUGGGAACACAGGAAACGUGACUCGUGCACCCAACAGGCACUUGCAGUGCUUAUGGGGAAAAAAAAAAGAAGAUUCUGCGCAGGAACGGACGGGGGAAUGGACAUCUCCGCACAGGUCACGCACAAAACCGUACCAGACGGGAGAUGGCCGCACCGCACACUGCACGGUGCACCUGACAGUGCAGCGCACCGUGCGGUUGCAAGCAUGGACAGAACUAAUGGAAUGCGUUAAUCAAAGUGCCAAAGCCCU